AUGCGACUAUCAACAUCGUCAGCGGCCUCUCUUGGCCUGCUAUGGAUCACAUUCACUCUGUCAUUUGUCGGCGCCGUAGCGACAGCCGGGGAGGAGUACUAUGCUGGAGAACACGUUCAUUUGAUUGCCAGGCAACAGCUUCCUGAUCUGAGCAACAUAUCAACCUGUGGUUUGAACUGCCUUGUACAGGGUAUCGCAGGGGUCGGAUGCGACCUCACGAACACAACUUGCUCCUGUGCGAGCACUGGUCUGGGUCAACUCGUUGGCCCAUGCCUGAUUGCAAACUGCACCAUGCAAGACUCUCUGGAUGUCGCUAAACUGCAACAAACGCAGUGCAAUCUCCCUCACGAAUCCGACACUGGCAAAAUUCUUGCCAUUCUCAUCACCGUAUAUGUUACGGCUGUCAUUGCGAUUGUCUUGCGGCUUCUUGCGAAAAACAUGGCAAAGACCUGGAGUCUCGACGAUGCGUUGAUUAUUGCGGCGAUUGUCAUUGCGAUUGCCCCGGUAUCUGCAAUUCUUUUGAUGUCAAGCUUAGGAUUUGGGAAGCACCUUUACGACCUCAAAUCGGGUGGCUUACUGCAGAUUCUGCGACUCCUGUACGCCGCCGAGAUUGUGUACGUCUUUGUGCUCUUAUUCGCGAAGCUAUCCCUCGUCGUCUUCUAUCUACGAAUCUUUACCGUACCCAAGUUCCGCAUCGCUGCAUACACCCUAAUCGGAUUCCUCAUCGUCGGCCAGGUGGUCAUCGGCUUCCUCACUAUCUUCUCGUGUCACCCGAUCGAGUUAUUCUGGAACAAGGACAUCCACACAGGCGCCUGCCUCGACGUCAACCAACUUGCCUAUGCGAACUCUGCCUUGGCUAUCAUCCAGGACCUUCUUAUCCUCGCCCUCCCGAUAGCGAUGCUUCCAGGCCUGCAAAUGAACCGGAACAAGAAGGUUUCGGUCGCCAUGGUGUUCCUCCUCGGAUCCGUCGGCUUUGUCUCGACCAUUAUCCGACUUCAGGUCCUGGCGGUUUUUGGAAAUUCCAUCGACCCGACAUGGGAUUACGCGCCCGUUGUGUGGUGGACGACAAUCGAACUAGGCGUUGUCGUCGUUUGCGCUUGUGCGCCCAUGAUUCGCAACCUUGUCGAGAAGAAAUUCCCCGGCUUCGCGCUCUUCGCGAGGUGGACCACCCCAAAGUCAUCCAAGGGCAGCAGCCCAUCCUCGAACGGCAGCGUGGACAAGCCAACAAAGGCUGCUGGGCGAUAUCAGAAGUUCGGGCGGAGUAACAGCCCGCCUCAAUUUAGCGACAAUUACGUUCGUGAUUAUAUCACGAGCCCCAAGGGGCCGCCAGUACCCCCCAAGGACGACUUGCCCCCGUCGCGUAGGUACCGGGAUAUAUACGCCUAUGGUGGCUCCAAACCGAAGAUGCUCGGGCCCUCGUCGCCGUCGCCUCAGCCAUAUGACCUCUCGUGGAGGUCCACGAACCCUUAUGGGAUUCCGAAAGACGACUUGGAGUCAGGUAUUGGAAAGACGAACUACAAUCUCGAUAUUGAGAUGCUGGAAAGGAAAGGGAGGGACGUAGUAGUGGCACAAAAGGAGCUUUGCUCUCUCUGCGGGAGAGAAAGCUGCAGUCAUAUGUAA